AUGGGCGCAGAGUACUCUGGUCGUCAGAGUAUUCCACCGCCUGACAACGACAAGCCGGCAGAUCCUCCACCAAAAGAAGCUGAGCAGCCGGAGGAAGUUGACAUCCCUGUGCGCGCGGAUACCGGCUCGCCUGCACUCACCAAGAUGCAGCUGCGAGAGCAGGUGUACCUGGAGGCGAGUAUUAACUACGAGACGAAGUGGUCGCAACUAUUUUCGUGGCUGGUGUUUGGGAAGACCAAGGACGGUUUUCCUUAUGUGAAGUGCUCCAUCUGCAUGUCGUACGCGAAGGGGAACACGAGGUAUUCCAUGCAAGGUGACGACGGUGGCCGUGACUUGCAGACGCAGUCGUUCAGGGCGCACGAGCAUACGGACGCACACAAGGCGGCGGUGGAUCUGCAGUUGAAGCUUGCGGCGGGCAUCCGCGAGGGCCAGCAGGCGAUUUCUGACUUCAUCAACUCCGACGUCGAGAGGUGGCGCGCGAUUCGACUCGUGCGGUCUACGCAUGAGGCGUUGGCUGUGAAGGACGCCGCUGAGUCAAACGAGGAUUUUGGCAUGGUCGACAAGGUGGUGCGCACAGUGGCGACGCUUCUCGGAAACUCAAGCGUGUGGAGUCAGCGGUUCAAGUACCUGCAGCGAGUGAUCUACCAGACAAACCUCGAGGUCCAAGGGAUCCACACGGCCUACGAGAUUGUGACGUGCUACAAGUUCCAGUUCUGUUUGUUUUUCCUGGCUGAUAUUCUGGCCGACAUGAACGACCUCAACCGCUGCUUCCAGAGGCGCGAGCUGGAUGUGACUGAGAUUUCGAAGACUAUUGAGUCCACCACGGGUGAUCUGACGGAGCGCUACUUGACGACAAACAAACCAUUCGGGGGCGAGGGGAAGAGCUGGGUGUUACACUUCCUCAAGGUCCACAAGGAGGGUGGAGGCAAGCAGGUCCGGGUUCGAGGCGUGGACGGAGAGGGACGCCCAAUCAACCACCUCUACACAAUGCAUGAGAGGAAGCUGAAGGGCCACAAGCAGGGAAGCACCUACGCAUGCUGCGUGAAGCUGUGCCGCCAAUUUGCCCGCGACUGCGUGGACAACCUCAACACCCGGCUGGAUGACACCAGGCCCGACGAAGCUGUUCCGGGCGGGGAAGUGGCCGAAGAUCAAGGCGCAGCGAGAGAAGAAGUGCGAGGAGUGGCUGCACGGAUGCAGUAG